CCGUGUUUUCUCCCCGGCUCUCCGCAGCUGUGUUCCCCGGCCAGAGGAGCUGAUCUCCGGGUGUCUGCAGCGGCAUGGCCCGGUCCUUUUGAUCCGAGCGGAGCGUCUCCUCCUCGGCCUUUUCUCCCCCAGAUUCUCCCUCCUUCAGCGGAGAAAUGAGGAACCCUCUGCCCGGGGCGGUGCUCUCUCUCUGGAUCCUUCUGGAGUGUGUCGAGGCCAAGAAGUACUGCUGGUAUUUUGAAGGCGGAUACCCGAUCUCCUUCAUAUGUCGCUCGUAUGAGGACUGCUGUGGGACUCGCUGCUGUGUGAGAGCUCUCUCCAUCCAGAGACUAUGGUACUUCUGGGUGCUCCUGAUGAUGGGCGUGUUGUUCUGCUGCGGCGCAGGGUUCAUCGUGCGCAGGAGGAUGUACCCUUCACCUCUGAGAGACGACUUCAACGUGUCCUUCACCAGACACCCUGCCAACUCUCCUGUCUCCCAGCAGCCGGGGGCCAUGCAGGGCUUCGGGGUGAACGGGAUGACCUCUGACCCAGCAGGGGGUCCCUCUGGCUCCGCCCACAUGUUCCCAGCUCAGCCUGGCUCCGCCCACAUGAUGAUGAGCGCCUACCCCCCCCCUCCGUCAUACUGCAACCACCCCCCUCCCUCAUAUGAACAGAUAUUUAACAACGCCGACAAGAAGUGACGUCUGCAGAGAAAAGAGAGAUGAACUGUGAGAAAGGAAAUGAUCAGAGGGUUUUGUGGAUGUAAGACUUUUAAAAACACACACUUCCUGUAAUGAAGAAACACACACACACACACACACACACACACACACACUGUUGUUGAAAGCGUAUUGAACACAUAUCCUCUCUCCACUAAGUGAUGAGCUGUCUUUUCCUAAAGAGCUCCAGUUCAACAUGAGAUGGGAAAUGAUGAAGUACGCUCUAGUGCUUUCUGUUUAGUUUCUUUGUCAGAUGUUCUAGCAUGGAGCGUGUUCAUGAACGCCUCUGGAGAAGCGCGUUUCCCUCAGGGCGUUGUGUUCAUAUCAUUAGUAAAGAAACACAAUGAAAGCAGAGCAGAGAAAGAUCUUGAGAGGGGAUGUCUGCAUUGCUUUCCCUGCAGCUAGUCCAGUGAAGGGUUGCACAGGUUGCACAGGUUGCACAGG